CUUUGUGGUGGCAGUGCCUGGUGGAGCCCGGCUGUCCCUCUGUGCAUUGUGUGCCCAGCGCCUGGCACUCGCUGUGGGUGCCUCUCAGGAUUGGGGCAGCAGCAGCAGAGCUCAGGUGGGGUCACAGUGCCCUCCCCAGCCUUGCUCCUGAGGGCUGUGUUUGGGGGGACAGGACUGUGCCCCCCAAGGGCUGUGUUUGGAGAGGAUGCAUCUUCCACAAGCUUCCACAACUGAGUGACCUUGUGUUCUGCUCUACCCCUCUUGCAGGGAAGCCACCAUCCCCGAUGGGAGACAGCAUCCCCCCGCUCUCUGUGCCACCCCCUUCGCCUGGAGAUGCAGUGCAAGGAGAGCGCAGCCCCUGCCCACACAACCGACCUGGCCCUCCAGAUGUCAUCCCCUCGGAAAAGACCGUUCCACCUGUCCCUGCAGCCAUCACCCCCUCUGAAAACAUUGUCUCGUCUGUCCCUGCAGCCAUGCCCCCCUCCUGGCAGCCCGUGAUGCCCCCCGCUGCAAGCAGCCCCCCGCAACAUGACCGACCUGGCCCUCCAGCCGUGGCACUGCCAGGACAGCCCGUGUCUCCCAGCCCUACGACUCUGGUCCCCUCAGCACAGAGUGUUCCCCCCAGGUGCGACCGGUCCCCCUGCCCCAAGCCACCUGGGAUGGAGCGCCCCAAAGAAGAGGCAUUGCCCCACACCGCUGGCCAGCCUGCCCCCAUCCUUGCUGCUGCCCCUUGCUCUGCGGAGACGCUGCCCCGUGGGAGCCAGCUCCCAGCCCCAGCUGCCACUGAAGGGGCUCCUCCUGAUGCCAAGAGCUCCCUGGGUGCCACAGCCGGGCCCUCAAAGGAUGUGACCCCCCGGAGCAGCCGCCCCUCACCGUCUCCUGCCACCAGCCCCCGGCCCAAGCAAGAUGCCCAGAAAGCCCAGGCAAGGCACAAGCAGGCAAAGGAGCGGCGUGAGGAACGGGCCAAGUACCUGGCUGCCAAGCGGGUGCUGUGGCUGGAGAAGGAGGAGAAGGCCCGGCUGCUGCGGGAGAAGCAGCUGGAGGAGCGGCGCAAGCGGCUGGAGGAGCAGCGGCUGCGGGCAGAGAAGCGCCGGGCAGUCCUGGAGGAGCGGCAGAGGCAGAAGCUGGAGAAGAAUAAGGAGCGCUAUGAGGCAGCAAUCCAGCGGUCGGUCAAGAAGACGUGGGCAGAGAUCCGGCAGCAGCGGUGGUCCUGGGCUGGGGCCCUGCACCAUGGCUCCCCUGCACACAAGGACGGUGCGAGCCGGUGCUCGGUGUCCGCUGUAAACCUCCCCAAACACGUCGACUCUAUAAUCAACAAGCGGCUCUCCAAAUCCUCCGCCACCCUCUGGAACUCUCCCAGUAGAAACCGGAGCUUGCAGCUGAGCCCAUGGGAGAGCAGCAUCGUGGACCGGCUGAUGACGCCCACCCUGUCUUUCCUCGCGCGCAGCCGGAGCGCUGUGACACUGGCUGGGAAUGGCAAGGAGCAGGUGCCCGUGUGCCCCCGCUCAGCCUCCGCCAGCCCCCUCAGCCCCUGCCACAACCACCCCAGCCCCACUAACGCAGUCUCUUGCUCUGUUUGCAGCCCUGGUCCCAAGAACCGUCCCUCAUCCCCUGCCAUCCCCAAGAAUCGUCCCUCAUCCCCUGCCACUCUCAAGAACCGUCCCUCUUCCCCUGCCACCCCCAAGGCCCACUCAGCAUCCCUCAGCCCGGCCCUCAGCUCUCCCCACAAGCCACCCCUGCCUCGAAGCACCCAUUCCUCCCCCAAGGUGCGGGCCAGGGCCCGGGAGGAGCGGGGAGAGCAGGAGGGCCAGCCGAAGGCCCGUGAGAGGAAGGAGGAGGAGCGGGGUCCGGCACCCCCAGCCCUUUCUGAGCCCCCCAAGGUGCCCGCUGAACCGACAGCAGGCCCCCCAGUACAUGCAGCCCCCGGCCCUGUGCUGGCCAGCCCCCCAGCCAGACCUCCUGCUGGCACCACGGACCGGGAGGAAGCUGCCCGGCUGUUGGCGGAGAAACGACGCCAGGCCCGGGAGCAGCGGGAGCGGGAGGAGCGGGAGCGCCGGGAGCAGGAGGAGCAGGAGAGGCGGAUGCAGGAGGAACGGGCGCAGCGGGCGGCCGAGGAACAGAGCCGGCGGGAGGCCCUGGCACGGCUACAGGAGGAGCGAGAGGCCCAGGAGAGAGCCCGAGCUGCACAAGAGGAGGUGGAGCGGCUGCAGAGACAGAGGGAAGAAGCUGAGGCGAGGGCACGUGAAGAGGCUGAGCGGCAGCGCCUGGAGCGGGAGAAGCACUUCCAGCGUGAGGAGCAGGAGCGGCUGGAGAGGAAGAAGCGCCUGGAGGAGAUCAUGAAGAGGACGCGCAAGUCGGACGUAGCAGACACCAAGAAGGAGGAUGACAAGAAGGUGGUGAAUGGGAAAGCAGCCAAACAGGAAAAUGUCCCAGGCCGCGAGAAGCACCUGGGGCCAAUUCCAAAGGCAGAAGAGCUCCCGGAGAUGGAGACCCCAAGUGCAGGGACACCAGGGGGAACGAAGGGCUUGGUGGGUGAGGGGCUGCAGCCAAGCUCCAAGGAGGCAGCAGCCCUGGUGAACGGCAUGCAGCCCGGCAAGCACGAGAACGGCUUCUCGGGCACCGAGGGCUCCAAGGAGCUGCGGGAUCUCUCCCACCACGGUGGUAGUCCUGGCAGCAUCAUCCCCUUUGGCGACAAGGAGCCCUUCCUCAAGCAGGCCGUGGUGAAGCCCCCGCAGGUGACAGGGCCACUGCCUGCACCCUGACCCCGGCGGCCCACACAGACCUGUAGCUGUCAUCAGAACACGACCCUCACUGCUCCUCUUGGGCGCCCGGGGGCUGUGGGACCCCGGUGAGGACGCCUGACUCCUCUCUUUGUUCUCGUUUUUAUUUCGUUUUUUUGUUGGGGUUUUUUAUUUUAAAUAUGCACCUUAUCAGACUGACAGCCCACCCUCGCAGCCCACCGGAGCUGCCCCAGACGUGUGGUGUAAUGAUGUAGUUAUUUAACUCGCUGGGUACAACGUCUGUGAAUACUGUAAAUAGAGCCGGCCGGGCGCGGGGGUGCUCUGAGGGGCUCGGGGUGGGGGCCGUGUCAUAGCUCCCUGUCCCCACGUUCCCCCGCAUGUCCGUGUGUCCAGUGUCCCCGGGCCCGGCCGGCACCACGCUGCUCUGUGCCCUUGUGACAGUGUUAUGCAUCCAGACAACCUUUGACAACAAUUAAAAGUGGACAAUGCCCUCA